AAUGAACCCAUCACUUUGGUCACGAAGAGAAGUGAAUCUUCCCCAGUUGCUCUAGCAAAAGCCAUCCAUAAUAACGAUGUUGCCAAGGUUCAAUACUUACUUCGGAGGGGUGCCAACCCUAAUGUGUUUGGAGAAGAUGAUUCCACGACUCCACUCAUAGAGGCUGCCAUUCGAGGUUAUGCGGACGUUAUGGAAAUACUUUUGCUGCAUGGUGCAUCGCCCUCCUUAACUGACAUGUCCUACAAUACCGCGCUCCAUUGGGCGAUAGCCAACUGUCAUAUGGAUUGCGUUGUGCUGCUUUUGGACUUCGGAAGCGCCCUUGAAACGCCGAAUGAAAGACUCCGUACUCCCUUGAUGCAGGCCGCUUUCUACGGUCACAGCAAGAUUGCCCGUUAUCUCAUCGAUCGUGGCGCUCAGACAGACCGGUCACUUAAUCCAAAGGAUGAGUCGGCACUGACGAUUGCAUGUGAAAGGGGUGAUAUUGAGACCGCGAAGAUCCUCCUCCAGGCCGGGGAAUCCAGCAAUAACCGGGGCAAGGAAUUGCACAUAGCUCUUGCAAAGGCUGCUCAGAAUGGUUACCUUGAAUUGGUCAAACUCCUACUUGACGGUGGAGCUGACGUCAACGGCUGCGAAGAUAGCAUCGAAGCACCCAUUUUUGCGGCUGUAAGGAGCGACAAUUUGGCCAUUUUGGGGCUCCUUGCUGAUCAUCACGUCAACAUCAAUGUUCGCAACGAGGAUGGCUACACACCACUCAUGGUGGCUGUUAUGACUGGUUCUCUAUCUGUACUUGCCGCCCUACUUAACUCCGGUAAGUAA